GGGAACGGCGGCCGCGCUGAAGAGGGCCAAGAUGGCGGCUGCGGCGGCUUCGUUUCGCGGGGCAGUGCUCGGCCCUCGGGCCGCGGGGCUGCCCGGCGCGCGUGCCCGGGGUCUGCUGUGCGGCGCGCGGCCCGGGCAGCUCCCGCUGCGGACGCCUCAGGCAGUGUCCUUGUCGUCGCAGUCCGGCAUGUCCCGGGGCCGGAAAGUGAUGCUGUCAGCGCUGGGCAUGCUGGCGGCAGGGGGUGCAGGCCUGGCUGUGGCUCUGCAUUCCGCCGUGAGUGCCACCGACCUCGAGCUGCAUCCCCCCAGCUAUCCGUGGUCCCACCGCGGCCUCCUCUCUUCCCUGGACCACUCCAGCGUCCGGAGGGGUUUCCAGGUGUAUAAGCAGGUGUGCUCCUCCUGCCACAGCAUGGACUACGUGGCCUACCGCCACCUGGUGGGCGUGUGCUACACUGAGGGGGAAGCCAAGGCCCUGGCUGAAGAGGUGGAAGUUCAGGACGGCCCCAAUGAGGAUGGGGAGAUGUUCAUGCGACCAGGAAAGCUGUCUGACUACUUCCCCAAACCUUACCCCAACCCUGAGGCCGCCAGAGCAGCCAACAACGGAGCACUGCCCCCUGACCUCAGCUACAUCGUGCGAGCUAGGCACGGUGGUGAGGACUACGUCUUCUCCCUGCUCACGGGCUACUGUGAGCCGCCCACCGGCGUGUCUCUACGGGAAGGCCUCUACUUCAACCCCUACUUCCCUGGCCAGGCCAUUGCCAUGGCCCCUCCUAUCUACGACGAGGUCUUGGAGUUUGAUGAUGGCACCCCAGCCACCAUGUCCCAGGUAGCCAAGGACGUGUGUACCUUCCUGCGCUGGGCAUCAGAGCCAGAGCACGACCAUCGCAAACGCAUGGGGCUCAAGAUGUUGAUGAUGAUGGGCUUGCUGUUGCCCCUGUUUUACGCCAUGAAGCGGCAUAAGUGGUCAGUCCUGAAGAGCCGGAAGCUGGCUUAUCGGCCACCCAAGUGACCCUGCCUAGUGUCUGCUUGCCGUCCUGCUUGAACGGGCCCUUGAGCCAAGGCGCCACCUGGGCCUCUUCAGGCCGCAGCCGGCCCUCUUGGCGAAGCCCCUCUUCCUCAGGGACAGGAGGAGAGGGGGCAGGAGACCGAGCUUGAGCUCGAUUCUCCAGCCUCAAUUAUCAUGGAAAUAAAUUAAGUUUCUCAGUG